GUGAAACCCUGGAAUGGAUAAAUGCACUUCAUGAUUUCCUUAAACCCUACAAACCCUUACUCAACUCUCAUGUCGUCAAUUUCUUCACUGUAAUCCCUUCAUUCCCUUCUCUUCUCAAAUCCCAUCUGGAGUCAUUCAGAGCCAGCGGAGUUGGACCAAAUUAUUGGAUGUGAUGGUUAGCAUAAGGUAAUCUGGAUUUCCGGCUACAAGAAACCCCUUUUUGUUCUCUCAGACGAAGAAGAAAGGAAGUUGAAGUUUAAGAACGGUGAAUUUCGAAUCCCUCUACAGUUUAGUUCCAUCGAAUUUCGCGAUGUUUGUUUUUGGGAUAAGAAUUUAGGUUUUGUUAUGGCUUUUGAUUUGAUUUUUCUAGUAAUUUAGCUGAUUGUUUCGAGUCCCAUCAUGCUUUGAGCUGAUCCUUGAAUCGAAUUGGAUCUAAUGUGUUAUUUAUGUUUGUCAAGUUUAGUUCUCCAUAGAUCAUUUAGAUCUUAUGCGAACGGAGGAUGUGGGCUUUUAGAUGCAUAUAUAGGAUAUAUUCUUAAACCUUUGGUUCAUUCCUGGCUUCGGCUUUCGGUUACAUACAUUGCUAACUGCUUGCUAGUCUGGAAAUUCAUCACAAAAUUAUUAAUUCGACAAGUUGAAUCAGUUAAUGACAAUAAACAGCAUCUCUAGAACAGCUAGUUCAGUGAGUGUAGCAACCAGUAAGGAUUUCGACUUAUUAUUAUAAUAAAGCAACAGGAGAAGCCAUGCCCUUACUACAGUCGGACUUUUCUCGCAUUUCUCUUUGUUUCAUUGUUUGUCAAAAAAAACUCUGAAACUCCGUUCUGUGAAGGUUAUUAUUGGUUAAACAAACAAGUAGGCUAGGGAAGGAACAGCUCUGAUACUGGUCUUUCAGCGUCCAUGGAUGAUAAAUGGAUAGACAGAUACUUUUGUCGCUUAAGUCGUAAAGUUGCACAUGACGGUUCCCCAAAACAACUUAUAUUUCCAAGAUCUGAAAUCAAAGAACCAUCAAUAGAUUUACAGUCUUCACUUAAGAUGUUUUUCCAAGAAGCAACAUUUGUUGCAGACGACUGGAAGGAUGUCAACAGAAAGUACGAUGACAGGAGGUCAUUCUCUACGUUUCUUUGGCUGUUAGAGAAUACUGGCCUGGACAAGUAUGGAUUGACUGCGGAUAAUGACAUCAAUAUUAGUUUCCAUCCGAAUAGAUGGUCGUCUCUUGAGGCGUUGCCAGAUGAUGUGGUUAGGGACCAUGUGGUUUUUGCAAAUGAAUACUAUAAUGGAAGCUUGUCAUUGACGCAACUUUUGCAAAGAAUUUGUUCUCAAUCUGGUGAUGAUUUCAGUAGAGAGCAGGCUAAGUUGUUGGAGUCUUUCCUCGAUCACCUCAUCAAGAUACAACAGGAGCAGCGGUUUGCUGCAUAUAGUUUCUCUGAGCAUCUGGAACAAUUGAGAAAGUCUGAUGCAGUUGCAUUUUCUUCCGAUGCUGAUGAUGAUGAUGAUGGAGAUAGGUACAAGUGUCCUCUUAUCCUUCCCCAGCACAGCGUGGACUCCUAUAUGUGGCGACAAAAGGUCGCUGAAGAAACUCAAGGGUUCCUAUUUUACCAGUCCCUCAUCUAUCGAGGAGUCCAACAAGAUUCUUGAUAUUGUCUUGUUUCUUUUUUCAAAGUUCAAGAAAUCGCAGGAAUCGUUAGAUCAGUUUCUUCUCGAUGGGUGUCACCAGUUUAGCAUUUAUCCGGUGCAAUUGGUUAUGGAUAAUAAUGAAGUAUUAAAUGAUUUUGGAGAGCUCAUAAAAAACCUCCAGGAGCAAGGUGUUGAAAGAAAAUCUGUCGCGGAGAUGCUGGUUGGAUAUUUUGUAGAUUUGGUCAAUAUGAACUACAACCGUGCAGAGCAAGGCAAUCCGUCCAGAAACACCCGUUCUUCCCUUCGACGUGCGUUUUCUGUGGCUGCCAAGGAAGCAUCAGAGAUGAUAAAUGAAGCAGUAGAGAAACUAAAUUCGGUUAGGUGUUCUGCUCUUACCAGCGGCGGCUCUCCACUUGGAAGUAUCAUUUUGUGGAGAAUUCUUUUUGAGUCAUCAUUAAUUAAUCUUCGCCUGGAUCUUAUAUUUAAAAACCACAGUGAAAUAGUCAAUCUUGGGGUUAAACUGCUUGGCACUGCCAUAAACGAUCAACUGGAUCAAAUUAGGCUGUCGAUACUGUUGUCAGUUGGGGAAAGCGUCCUAGUUGAAUUUAUAGCCAUGCACAAAACGGUGGCAGAAGUUUCUUUUGUGCUAGGAGAUGCUUUCACAACUGGUGGUGUGCUUUCUAGUGAUGUUAGGCAUUUUGGUAUUUCAAGCAAGCAUGUUGACCAGUUAUUAAAGGAUUUCAAUCCCGAUAAUUUCCCCUGGGAUAAGCACGUCGUUCAUGACUAUUAUAAGAUUGACGUUGACGACCCUAAGACGAAGAAAUGGAUGGAAGCUAAUCCAGAUUACUAAAGUACGUAGGUAAUGGUUUACACAGCAUAUGAGAGUCUUAUGUUUUAGCACUCCUUCCUCUUGAAAAUAUCUUUGUGCAGAAUGUACAUACUGGCAGUUGUGGAGCCUAAUUAUUUUUUUAAGAUGAGACAUUAAAAACGAGGCAUUUUUA